AAACAAUCAUCUGUCGCUGACAUUAUUCUUUUUUUGAAAAACAACAAAUUGGAUGAAAUUGUCGAAGAUUUUAAAGGGGUCAUCAGCUUCAACAACACACUCUUGUGUCACUUCCAACAACAUAAGAACCAUCAACAAGGAUGUGAAUCCAGACAUUCUGAGUAAUUCAGCUGAUCAUCAAGAAAAUCAUGAUGAGGGCUUGUCAGAAUCAGCUUCAACAGUGCACUCGCACAUCUAUUCAAGCCACAUAAGAACCAUCAACUUGGAUGUAAAUCAAGACAUUGUUCUUAGUACUUCAGCUGAUCAUCAAAAUGAUGAGAACAUUCGACCAGAGAGACAUCUCAAGGACAAUGUUCCAAUGAGUCCCUUGACAGCUAAUGUGAAAAAGACAAAGCAAAAGAAUGUCAGCAGUAUCCUUGAAGAGCUGGAGGAUUGUCCAGUUGAAGAUGAGAAAGGGUAAAAGCUUGGGGGAAGUUCAAGAAAUCAUUAACAAAAGUUGUCUCCUAGACUUCUAUCAACAGGAACAUUAAGAAACAUUCAUUCAAUAAUGUUGAUGGCUAAAGGGAUGAUUGUGGCAAAGCUGAAAACGGAAAAUAUUGUCAACGCAGUUAUUAUUUUACUCAGUUCUUUUUAUACUUAUAAUGCUGAGUAUCCUAAAGGCGUCAAUUGACAUUGCAAAAAUGUAUUUAUUCUUUUAGAACAUUUGCAUUUAAAUUCCAAAUGCAAUUGUAACGCUCAAUUGCCAACUUUUGUGGAUCAUUUUAUUUCUUCUAUGAAGUAGAAAACAUUUGUAGUGUUAAUUAAUGGCAUGUAGUAGAGAUUUUAAGUAUUCUGUGUUUGCAAAAAAUGUGCUAUUUAUAAUUGUGUGAUUGAUUUUCUUUAGCUUAGUUAAAAGAUCCUCUAUAUUGCUCAAAUGGUCAUGGAUAUGCACCUGAAAAAAAUGCUUAUUUAAUGGUAAAAACAACCAAAUAAAAUUGGUCAAAUAAAUUGGUAAAUUUAACCAUUUUUGUUUUUGGUAUUUUUGACCAAUUUAGGAAUUGGUUGUUUUGACCUAUAAAAAUUGUUCUUCUCAGGUGCAUUCAAAUGACCAAUUUUUUUUGGUCAUUUUGACCAAUCUAUUUUUACUGUGUAGAACAUUGGAUUCCAGGGUUAGAAAAUUACUUGAUCAUAAAACUAAAUGGCAUUUUCAAAUCUUGAAAAAGUUUGACGUAAAAUAAUAUUAAAUAUAUAAUUUUAUUUUGACUAUGUUGAUUAAAUCUACUUCAUUCAGUAGCUAAAUAAUUGCAGGCUACCAACAUGUA